UCUUCUUUUCUUUGUAUUAAGAUCAGGCCUUUGUGACACUGACCACAAACGAUGCCUAUGCCAAAGGCGCCCUGGUCCUGGGCUCAUCUCUGAAACAGCACAGGACCACCAGGAGGCUGGUCGUGCUUGCCACUCCACAAGUCUCAGACUCCAUGAGAAGAGCUUUAGAGACAAUCUUUGAUGAAGUCAUCAUGGUGGAUGUCUUGGACAGCGGUGACUCUGCUCAUCUGACCUUAAUGAAGAGGCCUGAGUUGGGGGUCACACUGACGAAACUUCACUGCUGGUCUCUCACACAGUACUCAAAAUGCGUGUUUAUGGAUGCAGAUACUCUGGUCCUAACAAAUAUCGAUGACCUUUUCGAGAGAGAAGAAUUAUCUGCAGCCCCAGACCCCGGGUGGCCUGACUGCUUCAACUCCGGAGUCUUUGUCUACCAGCCCUCAGUUGAAACGUAUAAUCAACUGUUGCGCCUUGCUUCUGAGCAAGGUAGUUUUGAUGGCGGGGACCAGGGCUUACUGAACACAUUUUUUAGCAGCUGGGCAACAACAGAUAUCAGAAAACAUCUGCCAUUUAUUUAUAACCUAAGUAGCACUUCUAUAUACUCCUACCUCCCAGCAUUUAAAGCGUUUGGUGCAAAUGCCAAGGUGGUGCAUUUCCUGGGACGAGUCAAGCCGUGGAAUUACACUUACGACGCCCAAACAAAAAGUGUCAAAAGUGAGUCCCACGAUCCCACCAUGACUCAUCCAGAGUUUCUCCACCUUUGGUGGGACAUCUUCACCACCAACGUCUUACCUCUGCUUCAACAAUAUGGCCUUGUCAAAGACACCUGCUCAUACCUACAUGUGCUCUCAGACUUGGUCUAUACACUGGCCUUCUCUUGUGGCUUCUGUAGAAAGGAACAUGUCUCAGGAGCCGUAUCACAUAUGUCCCUCGGAGAGAGCCCAGCUACACCUCAGCCCUUUGUAUCCUCAGAGGAGCGGAAGGAGCGGUGGGAACAGGGCCAGGCUGAUUACCUAGGAGCAGAUUCCUUUGACAACAUCAAGAGGAAGCUGGACACUUACCUCCAGUAGCAGCGUGGCCAUCCUCCUGUGGACACAGCCGCUUCACAGCCACCUGUUUCUGACACUUAGCAUCUAGAGUGGGCUGAGAAGUCUGUUACAGUUGUUAAGGCUUUCACUAAAACUCAUCAGACAAGGGCUUCUUGCAGGACGACAGGUGAGAACUAGGCAAAAAUUGUGAAGUUGUCAUUCUGUUAUGGACAGUGUUCUGCUUUGUAACCCUAGAUUUACUUAGCUAACAUUUCAGAAAUUCGCAAUAUGGCAACUGCCAACAUACGUGGUAGGGGAGACCCGCUAUUGACAUUGAGAUGGCUGUUCAUCUCAAGUGUGCAGAACCAGGCUCCACACCCCUCUCCCUCCAGAAUGGGAUGUGGCAUCUGCCCCUUGCUUGCUUGUCACACCCUUCACUAGAUGUGCAUUUUACAACUGUCCAGAGGCUGCCAGAGUGAUACUUGUGCUUUCAGGUAAAGGCAGCCUUUAAUAAUACUGCCCUGUGACUCAUGAACACAUUGACAGGUGGCAUCAGCCCGCCUCAUCUCCUAGUCCUAAUGUCUGAAUAGUUCACAGUUUUCCAUGCACUGUGAAGGCAGCAUGCUGAAGCUUUUGUUCAGUUCUGUAUAUCUGAAAAUCGCAGUGUGUUCUGAUGGUAACCUGCAGUAGCAUCCUGUAUGAAAAUAAAGACUUACUGCCAUA